GGCACGGCCCCGGGACGGAGGGCGACCAGCGGCUUCGGACCCCCGGAGCCCGCUACUCCCUCUUGUGCCAGCGGCUGUGUGUCUCCACCCAGGGGCUCCUCGCCGUUCCGUGCGAGGCGCCACCCAUCUGCGCCCUGCGUGGGAAGGGCAGGGUGAUACCACUUCCUCCCCGAGGCCGCCGACCUGCAGCAGGGGUGCAGCCGACUGCAGAAGCGCGGGAGACCGCGUCGCCAUCCCGCCGGUGUCCUGCGCCCCGCCGCGCCCCCGCGGAGCCGUCGAGAUGGGGGAGUCAAGUGAAGAUAUCGACCAAAUGUUCAGCAAUCUACUGGGAGAGAUGGACCUUCUGACCCAGAGUUUAGGAGUGGACACCCUCCCUCCUCCUGAUCCUAAGCCACCCAGAGCUGAAUUCAACUAUAGUGUGGGUUUCAAAGAUCUAAAUGAGUCCUUAAACGCACUGGAAGACCAAGACUUAGAUGCUCUCAUGGCGGAUCUGGUGGCAGACAUAAGUGAAGCUGAGCAGAGGACAAUCCAGGCACAGAAAGAGUCCUCUCAAGGCCAGCAUCAUUCAGCGUCUCUGGGGACACCAAGCUGCAGCGGCGCGGCCUCUCUCGCUUACGGAGCGAACGUCGCGGCCACCAGUAGCAGCGAGUACGAGAAUGAUUUGCCUCCUCCGCCUGCUGACCCUGUGAUAGACCUUCCACUGCCACCACCGCCCCCCGAGCCUCUCUCUCAGGAAGAGGAAGAAGCCCGGGCCAAAGCUGAUAAAAUUAAGCUGGCGUUGGAAAAACUGAAGGAGGCCAAAGUUAAGAAGCUGGUGGUCAAGGUGCACAUGAAUGACAACAGCACCAAGUCACUGAUGGUGGAUGAGCGGCAGCUGGCCCGCGAUGUUCUGGACAACCUUUUUGAGAAAACUCAUUGUGACUGCAGUGUGGACUGGUGUCUGUAUGAAAUAUACCCGGAGCUACAGAUCGAGAGGUUUUUUGAAGACCACGAAAAUGUUGUUGAAGUCCUAUCAGAUUGGACAAGAGACACAGAAAAUAAAGUACUGUUUUUGGAGAAAGAGGAAAAAUAUGCCGUAUUUAAAAACCCCCAGAAUUUCUACCUGAAUAACAAAGGGAAAAAUGCAGGCAAGGAGAGCAAUGAGAAAAUGAAUGCCAAGAACAAGGAGUCCUUACUCGAGGAAAGCUUCUGUGGCACGUCCAUCAUUGUACCUGAACUUGAAGGAGCUCUGUAUCUGAAAGAAGACGGAAAGAAAUCCUGGAAACGGCGCUAUUUCCUCUUACGGGCUUCUGGAAUUUACUAUGUCCCAAAGGGAAAGACGAAGACGUCUCGGGACCUGGCCUGUUUCAUACAGUUUGAGAAUGUCAACAUUUACUAUGGUACUCAGUGUAGAGCGAAAUAUAAAGCGCCCACGGACCACUGCUUCGUUUUAAAGCAUCCUCAGAUUCAGAAGGAGUCUCAGUACAUCAAGUACCUCUGCUGUGAUGACGCAAGAGCUCUCAACCAGUGGGUCAUGGGCAUACGGAUUGCCAAGUAUGGCAAGACGCUCUAUGACAACUAUCAGCGGGCCGUGGCGAGGGCUGGACUUGCCUCUCGGUGGACGAGCCUGGGGACCGUCACCACAGCGACAACAGCUCAGCCUCCCACAGGACCUAAAGCAGGUGCCUCCCAGCCCAACGGUCAGAUCCCCCUGGCUGCACACCGUGUCAGCGCCAUUCUCCAGGAGGCACAGAAUCAUGCUGAAACCACCAAGGACCGGAAGCCACCCCCGGGCACCCACGACCCGGGCGCGCCCAGGGCCGCCGCCAAGUCUCACCUGCCGCCGCCGCCCCCCGUGCGGCGCUCCUCCGACGCGGCCGGCGGCCCGACCCCGGCGCCCCGAGCCUCCGCCGCGCCCGCGCCCCCCGACUUCCUGCCGCCGCCGCCCGACUUCGGCGAGCUGCCCCCCGACUUCCUGCCGCCGCCCCCGCCGCCGCCGCCCGACUUCGGCGAGCUGCCCCCGGACUUCGUGCCCCCGCCGCCGCCCCCGCCGCCGGCCGCGGACCCCGCGCUGCCGCCGCCCCCGCCGCCGCCGCCCCCGGCCGCCCCCGCCCCCGCCCCCGAGCGCCCCGGGCCGCCCGCUGCGGGCGCCAGGAAGCCCCCCGCGCCCCCAAAGAGGGCGGAGCAGCCGGGGGCGGCGGGCGGCGGCGGCGGCGGCGAGCAGGCGUUCAUGGCCGACCUGAUGAAGGCGCUGCAGAAGAAGAGGGGCCACGUGUGCUAGGCCCGCGCGCCGCUCGUGUCCGCGACGGCGCAGGUGACACUGCUGUCCCCAAGUCCGUGCGUGGCCGCCCAGGUGUGCACGGGGCCUCCUGUGUGUGCGCGCACCCACGGGCGACUGCACCUUCCCUCCUGCGUUUGGUCCUUAACGUUCACUUAUUGUAUUAUGCUUACAGGCAUCGGAUUUUAAUAAUAAUAGUUUUUCUGCAGAAAACUGGCUAGAAAUAAAUACCCUUGGGGACAUUCGGUGUGCUAGCGACGCCGGGUCAGAAAGAGGCCACCUGACCUCUGAGAAGUGCCUUGUCCACCGCUACCUCAGGGGCCUUAAGAACAUUCGGUAAAGUUCCAUGAGGAAAAUGUGACAAGCCGGGUAGAGUUCUUUGGGACUUGUUGGUUGGUUGUUUGAGCUCCUGGAUUGUAUUUUUUUAAAUGGUGGCAUAAUAAAAUAAUUGAAAACAUAGCUACUUCAGUUUUAGACUAAUGCAAUGUUAAGUAUCCUAUAAAUAAAAAUAUAGGAACAGGAAAAGACAACUAUCUAUCUGUACCCCCAACACACACACACACACACACACACACGAGUUCUUCAGAAAGUCCAUGGAAAGAUAACAUGAAAAGAUUUUGUUUGUUUUGGUACAAAAAACAUUGAAAGCCGUGCAUACGCCGGAUCUUAAGGUACACAGAAAUGUGUAUUACGAAAAACUGCAAGGAUUUCAAAAAAUUUUUGCACCAAAAUAAACUUUUUAAUUCCAUUUUUGCACACACUUUCUGACAUACCCUUGUAUUCUUCAACCUUAGUGCCCAGUUUUAGCCAGUUCCGGCUCGGUGCCUGUUGUGCCGAUCCCUUCCCUAAUGGGCUGCUGCUGAAGUAGACCUGCCUACGGGUUAAAAUUGAUGCGGUUUGUGAGCUGGAAGGCCACUCCUUCACCACGCCCCUGUGUGACCGCAGGGCCCUACCUGGCCACACCUAAGCGCCAACCGGCCAAUCAGGUGCAUUAACCACUCCCCUUUGAAAGUGGAUUAAAGGCCUGGGACAGGGUGUGUCUGGCCAUUUCCUCCUUUUUCCUUGCUCUGGCCUUUUGCCAGCAGUGGGCUGGCUGCAACCCUGCACCCCCAGGGCGUGUAGCCUUCAGGCCACCCGCCCCUUGCUUUGCUGGCCUGGAUGCUCUUCCACGUGGCUGGUUCCUGGUACUCAAUAUGAACCCAGAUCUACCUCUCUCUUAUAGUUAAAGCCCUCACUCUCCUAUGCAUCUUUCGCACUAAAUAAAAGCUUAAAAUGUA